AUGUGGUUCGUGGCCUCGAUCUGCGGAUACGCCACCGAUCUCAAUUCGAACACGAUUUCCGGAGAUCUGUUCGUCAAUCAGAUCCUUUUCUCCAUUUUGAUCGCCGUUUCCAAAAUGGUUGGUUCAAAAUGAGUGUCUCAUCUAGUAUUAGUCGCCAAAAACGUCUAACCUGUCUGGGCUCUCUUUUUCUCACAAGAUAGGUUAUUUCAGUGCGAAAUUUGAACUUAAUGAAAGAUUCGCUCAAAAAACCUCUAGAUGAAGAACCCUCGUGCCUUCUUUUAGUUUUGGGAAUAAAAAAAUAAACUCGAGCAUGAUAAUUCGUACUUCAAAGAUCAAAAUUCCCGCAGGGGUUUAGGUUCACACUAAAAUGACCACGCUUGUCGCAGGAGAGGUCAUAUAGUCUGUGUGCACGACUUUAAAUUUCACCGAACGACGUUCCGCUGCGUACGGUCGCGAAGCGUCUUUGCUUUCGCGGGUCCAGGUCACCCUUCCAGACUAUUUUUAUUGCUGAUAGUUGGAUCGUUCCACUGCGAUAUUUGAAUGAAAGAAGAAAUUGAAAGCGCGACCGAGAUUCGCAAAGGCGCCCGGCGGAACAUUCGGUGAAGUUCCAAGUCGUGGUACACAGAGUAUAGAAACAUGAAAACAAAAGAGAGAACAGAGGAAUGAAAAGUUCACAACUUGUUGCGAAUAUGGUAUAGGCAUAGGGGCACCCACAUUAAACCCUCAUCAGCAAAAAAAAAACACUAAAAGUGCGAAAAUUCGACUGCUUCACGACCGCGUUGCACAUACAUGGCAGGCGCAGUCGACUCCGGAAAAAAAAAAUGGAUCAAGUCUAAUAACUUUUUUGCAGGUCCUGGUAGCCGUGGACACCCAUUGUCCGUCUUUCAAACGGCGAACUUUGCACCAAGGGGCCCAGGCAGUGGUUUGCCUCUGUUUCUUCUGCCUCACCAUCAUGACCUACUACGGAUACUUUGUCAGUUCAUGUUCAUCUAUAUGAUAAAAUAACCUUUAUAGCGUAGUUUCUUCGAAAGUACGGCCUAGAAUGAGUGAAACCAUCUUAGAUGAAAACAAGUCCUUUUCUACUCUCAAGUCUCACUCCACUGGGAAAUUUUUCAGCGGCUACUUGAGGGUUUUGACGUUUUAGUGGACACUACAGUAGUCGAAUUGGUGGUCACUUAAGGGGUUGAAAAUAAGUGGCCACUAUAGAGGUCUAAGUGCUACUAAUAGACCGCGAAAAUUUUAGUGGCCACGUUAGGAGUCAAUGGAUCAACAUAGCUGAUCCAAUCUGUUUUUUUCAAAGUUAUCAGUUACUGGAAGGAAUACUGGAUGAAAAACUACUGAAGUGGCCACUAUAGAGGUGGGUUUAUCGGCCACUUUAGUGUCCUCUCCAAGUAGUCCUUGGCGAGCCUCUAUAGUGGCCACUGAAAAUUCUCCCAGUAUAGCGGCUAAUUGAAUAUUCUGACGCCUUAGUGGCCACUAUAGUAGUCGAAUCAGUGACCACUCGAGUGCUUGAAAUUCAAAGGGCUUUCUAAAUGUCUAACUGAGUGUUAGUUUUACUACUAGAUCAUUAAAAAGCGGCUCUAGAAAGAUUGUUUCAGUGGUCACUUUAGGGUCCUCUCCAAGAAGUGUCCUCUUAAGUGACCACUACAGUCAUUCACAGUACAUCUCACCAACUCUCUUCACCAGAAAAUUAACUUUUCAUGCCUUAUUCUCAGGGCCACGCCUUCCUGGUGAUCAACCUGAUCGGAACAGUCUUCAUCGAGUACACCUGGGACGCUUGUUACCUGUGCGCGGUCGAGUCGAUGGAAACGGCGUGUCGGGCGAGUGCCACCGGGACUUGCAGCCUCGUCGCCCGCAUCGGCGCCAUCCUUUCCCCAUUCGUACGUCAUUUUGUCUUGAUUCUGAAACUUGGAAGUGAUGAAUAACAAAAUGGAAUGAAAAAUCAUAUUUUGUGCUAUAGUCCGUUCAGAUUUUGAAUGUCAAGUAGAAUGACGUCAUUCGAAAACGCUCUGUGGAUGGCUCGCUCUCUAAUUGGUUCAUCGCUCUAUUAGGGGCGGAGCUUGUGCGACGACUUGACAUUCAAAAUCUGAAUAGACUAUAAAGGCAUAUGGACAGUAAAAAAUCGCCUUCCGGGAUUUAUGAUAGAUCUUGUUGUUCUGAUUGCGAGACGCCGAUGCACUUUUGAAACUGUCCAAGUUCCAUAUAAAACCAUGAACGGCAACAGCGAAGUCAUGCAAAAUUUCUGUGAAAUACAAUUAUUCCCUUUUUCAGCUCAAUUUCAAAUAGCAAACCGGAUAUUCAAGCGGAUUCGUCGAAAUUUUGAUUUCCUAGUCUCCGUAAUGCUUCUUUCAUUAUAAGUUUGUAUCCAAAAAGGUGUGAACCUCUCGAAUUUUACAUCAUAUUCCUAGUAAUGUAUAAAACUCCGUUAAAUAUUGAUUACCUUUCCCGAAAAGCAUUCAAUUAUCGACUAAGUGGGGAAACGCUUUUUACCCCUCCCCAAAUUCUCGCAAUAAAUCUAGUUUUCGAGUAAGACGCUUCAAAAACCUUAAAUAUUGCUUUUUUGCCAUAUAUUGCGUAUUUUACGAACUUGGAAGCUUCAUAACUUGAAAAAAAGAUCUAUUUCGAGCAAUUUUUUCUUGGGGGGUGAAAACGGUCCAUAGUAAGUAGUGAUAAUCAACUUUUUUGCGAUCCUCCAAAAACAAAAACCUCCUAUUUUUCUUUCCAGCUGAACUACGCCAACGUCUGGUGGCCUCCAUCCGUGUACCUGACCGUCGUUCUUCUCGGCCUGGUCAAUCUAGUCAUUUCCUAUACUUUCCUAGUGAGUCUCAAGCCUCACAAUUCAUUCCAAAAUUCGAAAAUCGCAGGUCGAAACAAAGAAUAUCAAUCUCGACGCGGUUCACAUCGACGACUCCAAGGAGGAAGGCACUCCGAUGCUCGAAUCCGUAGAAAAACAAUAA